AUGGUGCAAGAACUUUUGAUGAUUACCAUAGAAAAGGUGAUGGCCCUGUGCAGAGCUAAUGGAACACCUUGCCCUGACACGCUCUGCGUGAUCGGGGACAACACGGUCAAAGAACUGACAAAUACUGUGGCUGGGGUGGCUGCAGCCCAGCUCGCUUUGAGCGUCAGUCCAAAACCCAAAAAGGAAGAACAAGGAGAUGAGAACAAGGCUGACACAACCAAGAAGGAGAUCAAGACUGAAGUGAAAGCGGCUGAGAAUGAAAGCCAGGCGUCCAAAAAACGAAAGACAGAGUGGCAAACAGCCCUCAAGAAGAUGCCUGGAGACAUUCUAGCGUAUUUGGCAAUGUUCAUCGAACCUGUGAAGGCUGGGACAUCACUGGGUGCUCUAUCACAUCCAGUGGAUAUGGUCUUGGAUGCAUUUAGCAACCCUGUGAACUCCCUAGCCAGUGUGAACAAGAUGAAAAACUUCUUGGAGGAAGUGAUGAAGAUCCAUGGAAAGAAAAUGGAGUGCGCACCUCCACCAGAUAUCUCCAGUCUAUUGGCUGGAUCCGUCGAGCACAUCACGACAGCGGUGCCUCUUUCAUCGAUUGUGGUUUGCAAACCUGAUGACAUGCCCUGUAUCGAGGACUGGACUACCUGUUGCAUAUCCUAUCUUUUUUCAGGGUGCCGAUUGCACCGUGAACCUUUGGACUUGAACUUGGUGAGAAUUCCCGGGGAAGAGAGACACUCAGAAGAAGACCAGAAGUUCUAUGUGAAGAAAGGUUUCACUCGACUGACAGCUGGUUUGUUCCUCUUGCUGGUUGCAUCUGACAUUGAUCCCAUUGCUGGAAAGGAGUUACUGGAGUGUCUAUUGCCAGCCAUCAAGGAUUUCUUCAGCCUACCGAGCACUAUUACAGCGGUGGUGGACUUCGAAACUGUCAGCUUUGAGUCCAUUCAACUGUCAACGCAGGGUGCCGAGCGGCAAAGGAAAGUUCUGAAGCUGGCAGCUAGAUUUGAAAGACUCAUCAAAGAGAGAACGCAGCAGGAAAGCGCACGUGAACUCAAUGAGGGUGAGAUCUUACAAGAGCUGGUCCAGAAAUACAAUGGCUUCAAGGCCAAUUCAGCCAUUCGUUACAGCGAAAGCAUUUUGAGACUGAAGAGACAUUUGCUGAACGAGACUGUGAAAGGCGUGACAGCUUUUUGGGAGAAGCUCCUGACAGUGACACCUGAAGUCCAGCACUUGCACUUCAUGAAGUACAACCAAUGGUGGGGCAACAACCGUGGGAAGAUGAAGAAAAGCAUGAGGGCUCGACUUCGGUGGACCGAAGAGCAAUGGUCCAACAAUGUGAGCCACUGCGCGAUUUUCCAGUGGGUGCUGAACCAAUGCAAUGGUGAUUCCAGCGUGACACCUGAGAUGAUUGACUCCAUGACCUCAGCCUUUCUGAAUGGGGACUACAGCCAAGAUUUGGAUGCUAUCUUGCUAGCAAAACCUCAGAGAUUCACUCCCGAGAUGACAGCAAUGUGGCAGGACCAUGUGGGGCGGGCUAUCCUGCGACCACAGGGAUCUAUGAAGGAAGACGAGUCAGAGGCUUUGGACCAAGCUCAGGACACAAGGAGAAUUGAGGACAAGCUGAGCAGCAUGCAGAUGGAAGCCAAAGCAGUGCAAAUCCUCUUUGACACAAGCACUCUCUAUAAGGCCCCAAGGGGCGCGGAGCGCAAAUUUGCUGAUGACAACGUUUUUGCAAAGUCAGACUACUGGUGCAAUCUUGUCAACGUGGCAACUUCCCCUUUGCCAGUGAGUGAGUACGUGACACCCGAGAGCGGCACCUUCUUCACUCAUGAGCAGGGGCGUUCCCUGACAGUGCUGGCUGACAUGAUGAAUGACUUACAAACGGAGUGCUAUUUGGCAGCGUUCAGCGAGACCCAAAAUGCAAACAUCUUCCAGUUUGCAGUCACCGGCGUGAAAGACAAACUUUUGGAGGCUGCCCCACGACUUCCUCAGUUGAAGAUGUGCCAAAUGUCUUCGGAUGGCCUCCUUCAGAUUCCAAAAGAAAUUCGAGGCAAAUGGUUGAUGGAUCCUGUCCGAAACCCUGAUUGGCGCGUUCGUUUGAAGAACUUCGACUCCAUCUUUGCCCCGUGCUCUGCAAAUGAAAAACCCAAACCAAAAGCAGGUGAUGAGGACAUUGACUUGGGACAGCAAGAGACAGAAGUCACCGUGACACCGACGAAAGGCGCAGAACCGUGUCCAACACCACCAUCUAUGAGCCAGCAAGAGUUUGAGGAAAAGCACAAAACAGUCGAUGCGACCAUCACUCUGACUGUGGGGACCAGCAUUACUUGCUAUGUGGUGGGCGGGAAGCUUUUUCUGACAAGCCCAAGCAAGGUGAUGUUACCUGGGGUGCAGGCACAGGAAUUUCUCAGCAAAGCAGCCAAUGAAAACAAGGCUAUUGAGUUCCGGAUUGAAUCCGAAAAUGCGAUGGUGGUGCUUGAAGAGCAAACAAGUCAAGGACCAGCCGAUUCGAAUCCCAUGACUCUCUUUGAGUUAGUGCUUAUGUUGGAGCGAAAGGGCAUCUUGGACACAAAGAUCACCGGGCAUGGUGUUGACCGUCCUCCCUCCGUCAAGCGGGGCGAGGAGACAGAUCGACUUGAAGUGGUUCAUGAAAGCUAUUCCCUGUUCAAACCGAAUGCAGCGACAAUCAAGACAGCAAAAUCGACAAACAUCGCAGGCUUGGCUGGGUACAAAGUGUUGAGCGCAAGCAAUUACUUGGUCUUGGUCUGGAGACUCUUGGAACAUCAUUAG